AUGGGAAGAUCCCCUUGUUGCUCUAAAGUGGGGUUGAGGAGAGGACCAUGGUCAACUAAAGAAGACGCUUUGCUAACAGAUUACAUUCAAGAACAUGGUGAAGGCCAAUGGAGAUCUCUCCCCAAGAAAGCUGGGUUGUUGAGAUGUGGAAAGAGUUGCAGAUUGAGAUGGAUGAACUAUUUGAGGCCUGGUAUUAAGAGAGGAAAUAUCACUCCUGAUGAAGAAGACUUAAUUACUAGACUCCAUUCUCUUUUGGGAAAUCGAUGGUCACUCAUCGCAGGAAGAUUGCCCGGUCGAACGGACAAUGAGAUCAAGAAUUACUGGAAUACACAUCUUCUCAAGAAGGUAAAACCUGCAGGAAUCGACCACAAAGAUGUGCCAAAACGACAAAAACAGCCAAAACUAAAAUCCAAGAAACCCGCGGUUCCAAAAGCCUGUGACAAGCCGGAAAAGAAGCAAAGCAAGAAAAUCGAUAAAGAAAAUACAAACGAUCCCAAAACAGAAGAAGAAGAAGAAGAAGAAGAAGCAGAAGAAGCAGCAGCUCCGCCUAAGAUUACAGUUUAUCUGCCAAAACCCAUAAGGGUUUCUUCAGUAUUUUCAAGAAGUAAUAGCGUUGACAGUUUAUUCAGUGGCUCAUCGUCGAGUGAAUAUGACGUGGGAAAAUAUGCAACACUUGCUGGAACGGCGUCGUACGUAGACUGGCCUGUGUUUGAACUUGAAGAUGCAAAUUAUGGAAUCUGUGGAGAAUCUGGAGAACUUGAUUUUUUCAGUGGAUUUGAUAUGCCGUCACUCCCACAUUCAGAAUCUUCCAAUCAUGUAAACAUGCUUGAACAAGUCUACGACGAAUAUUUACAGCUUCUUUAA